GAAGUGUUGAACCACCGUUAAACCUCUGAAUGUUCUUCCAUUUUUUCUUACCACCAGGCCGCCAUUAUCGUCAACCUUUGAAGCUCGUCGUAACUAGCAGGGAUUAAAAAUGGAGAAUAAGGAUAAGAUCAAAAUUGCAGUUACAAUCUCAUGUCUUGCCGUGGUUUCAAUCUUACUGGCGAACAAAUUUCGGAAACAGCGAAAACGAAAACAGAACAUAGGCUCUUGUUACUUGAAAUCAGAAGCAAAACCUCAACACAAUUUUAAGCGUGUUUUGGCCAAUAAUUCGUACUCUCCUUUCAAGCACCUGAAGCUCGACGAUGACAGCUCUUCGGAUCUGCAUCCGUAUGAGUCAGAGAUCAAGUCUCUGUUGGAGAAACCUGAGCUAGAAUUUGAAUUUUGUAAUGGAACUAUGGAUAUGGACAUGAGUGAUACAUAUGUUUGGAUUGAUGAUGAAUCAAAGUUGAAAGAGCUUGCACAGGUUUUAAGUAAAGAAAGAGUGUUUGCUGUGGAUACUGAACAGCAUAGCUUAAGGUCGUUCUUAGGGUUUACAGCCCUUAUUCAGAUUUCUACAAGAGAGGAAGAUUAUUUGGUGGACACCAUUGCUGUUCAUGAUUCUAUGGGAAUUCUUUGCCCUGUAUUUGCCAAUCCCAAUAUAUGCAAGGUAUUCCAUGGUGCUGAUAAUGAUGUUAUAUGGCUACAAAGGGAUUUUCAUAUCUAUGUAGUAAACUUAUUUGACACUGCAAAGGCUUGUGAUGUGUUAUCAAAACCACAAAGAUCAUUGGCAUACUUACUUGAAACAUACUGUGGUGUCACCACUAACAAGCUCUACCAGCGUGAAGAUUGGAGACAACGUCCACUACCAAUAGAUAUGAUUGAAUAUGCCCGAAUGGAUGCACACUAUUUGCUUUACAUUGCAGAAUGCCUUGUUUCUGAACUCAAACUUCAAAAAAACGAAAAUUCAGCAAGUCUCGAUGACAAAUUCUAUUUUGUUUUCGAGGCCAAUCGGCGUUCAAAUGCUUUGGGUCUUCAACUUUUCACUAAAGAAUUAGAAGCUUCCCCUGGACAAUAUGCUGCAUCUUCAAUUAUUUCCCGCCAUUUAAAUGAUCAUGGAACUUCUAAUAUCAAUUCUCAGUUUCAGGAUGUUGUUAGAUGUCUAUGCUCUUGGCGGGAUUUAAUGGCUCGUAUGCAUGAUGAGAGUCUUAAAUACGUAUUAUCCGAUAAUGCCAUAGUUGCCCUUGCGGAAAAAGUUCCUUUAACCAUUACAGAUAUUUGCACUACAAUAUCACAAGCUGAUAUAGAAACCGACUCUCUAAAUUCCAAUUCUACCCCUCGCUUUCCAUCCUCUGUUGUCUUAAGCCAUCUUGAUGACCUCACUGACCUCCUUCAAGAUGGAUUAAAGUUAAACAAUCCUGAUGAUAUUCUUCAGCUAUUUCUUAAAAAGCACAUUGGCCCACAUGGUUCUUGUCCUCUUUCUCUUUAUAACUAUGGGUUGUUGUCUAAAAGCAGCAUGAAAGUAUCAAAAAGAUUGGUUUCUAAAAAUGGGUAUAAAUUUUCAAAACAAGUUGCAAGGAAGGCUUCUCGGGAGCUUUUUGUUCAGAAAUUUUCGUGCAAAUCUCCUGUUUAUCAUAACUGCAGGAUAUAUGCUAAUGAUGGACGAUUGUUGUGUUAUUGUGAUAGAAGGAAGCUAGAAUGGUAUCUACAACGCGAUCUAGCAAAACUCGUUGAAGAAGAACCACCAGCCAUAAUGCUACUUUUUGAACCCAAAGGUCGCCCAGAAGACGAAGGAAACGACUUCUACAUCCAAAGUAAAAAAAACAUAUGUGUAGGAUGUGGAGAAGGGAAUCACUAUUUACGAUACCGCAUCAUUCCAUCAUGCUACAGAAUCCACUUUCCCGAACACCUUAAAAGCCACCGCUCCCACGACAUUGUUUUGGUUUGUGUCGAUUGUCACGAGAAAGCACAUUCCGCUGCCGAAAAGUACAAGAAGAAAGUCGCUUCGGAAUUCGCGAUUCCGUUGUUUGUACAAAAAGUCGUUAAUUCCAAUGAGGAAUUACAAUCAUCUGUUAUGAUGCUUGCGGAUGGUGGUGUGUCUCCUUUGGAGUUGAGAACUGCAGCAAUGGCGCUUUUGAGACAUGGACCCAGGAUGCCAGCUCAGCGAUGUGAGGAACUGAAAGAGGUUGUGAAGAAGUAUUAUGGAGGAAGAGAGAUAAGUGAGGAAGAUUUGGAAAAUGCUUUACUUGUUGGAAUGAGUCCUCAUGAAAAAAGACGAUUACAUAAAAAGAAAGGCUUGUCAUUAUCAUGUAAAAAAGAUGAAGGGAAAAAUGAUUUAGAAGAUGUUGACCCAAAUCCAAAUGGUUCAGUGUUUGCUACGUGUAGCUCAAAGCUGUCAUUGUUAGGUCAUGGACCACAUGGGAAACAAGUGGUUGACUUUUUGUUAAAGGAACAUGGAGAAGAUGGGGUGCGUGAGUUUUGUCAAAGAUGGAGACAAGUGUUUGUUGAAGCUAUUCAUCCACGUUUUUUACCUGGUGGAUGGGAUGUCACACAUAGUGGUAGAAGAGAGUUUGGGGACUACAGCGUGUAUAAUCCUGCAAACAAGGCUUCUUCUUCUGCUUCUUCUUAUCCAGCUGCUGUUGAAGGUUAAGGUGGUGUUGUUUUCUUUCUGUAUUUUUGUUUUUUUAUUUACUAGAAAAACAGAACUUUUGUUUAGAUUAGAAUGAAGACGGUGUAUUUAAUUUUGGAAAAUCUAGGAAAGUAAAGUUGUUGCCAUGAAUUGUGAUUUGUUUGAUUUGUAUCUUUAAAUGGUUAAAGUCACUGUUUCCCUGCCAACUUUUGGGUUUUGUUUUUAAAGGUCCCUC